GGCACGCUCGCCAUCUUCUUGCGCCUCCUCACACCAUCUGCUCUGCUCCUUUCCAUUCACACACCUCUCAGCUUCUACUCUGUUUCGCUGCUCUGCUCUGCUCGUCGAAGAUGGAGUGGACGCGCGGGAAAUGCAUCGGGAAGGGCGCGUUCGGCACGGUGCACCUGGCCGUCGAUAGGGCCACGUGCCGCGCCUUCGCGGUCAAGUCGGUGGACACCAAGGGCGCCGCGCCGGCCGCGGCGAUGGCGUGCCUGGAGAGUGAGAUAAGGAUCCUGAAGCGCCUCAGCUCGCCGUACGUCGUGGCGUACCUGGGCGACGACGCCACAGCUGCGUCCAGGAACCUGCACAUGGAGCUGCUCCCUGGCGGCACCGCUGCCGACGCGGCGGCGGCGGGUGGCAUCGGCGAGCGCGCGGUGCGGCGCGUCCUGCGCCCGGUGGUUGCCGCGCUGCACUACCUGCACGACGUCGCCGGGGUGGUGCACGGGGACGUCAAGGGCCGGAACGUGCUCCUCGGCGGCAACGAUGGCGCGAAGCUCGCCGAUUUCGGAGCGGCGAGGCUCGUGACAGAGGCUGCGCCACGGGGCCCGCGCGGAACGCCGGCGUGGAUGGCGCCGGAGGUGGCCCGUGGCGGUGCUUCGACGCCGGCGUCCGACGUCUGGUCGCUGGGCUGCACGGCUGUGGAGCUGCUCACCGGGAAGCGGCCGUGGUCGGAGAUCGGCGGCGCGCUCGAGGUCGGCGAGCUGCUGCUCCGCGUCGGGUUCGGCGGGAAGCGGCCCGAGCUCCCCUCGUGCCUCUCUGACCCCUGCCGAGACUUCGUCGACCGGUGCCUCCGCCGCGACGCAAGCGAGCGGUGGACCUGCGAGCAGCUGCUGCGCCACCCGUUCCUCGCCGCGGACGCCCAGGACGACGCCGGCGAGCCAGAGCCGUCUCCCCGGGCGGUACUGGACUGGGCUGCGGACUCCGACGCAUCAUCCGAUUGCUCGGAGGCCGACAUGGAGGAGGAGCACGAGGUGAUGGCGCGCGCAAAGGGGAGGAUUGCCGAAUUGGCAUCAGACAGGACGCGCACAAGCUGGGCGCGCGAGUUGGAUGAGUGCCCCACCUGGGCGUCCGACACCUGGGACCCACUGCCCAGUCUCGAGAUGUCAACCAAUGUGCCAUUGCCAUCCGACGCUGCCACAGUCGCCGAUGCAGGAAAUGGCGGCGCCCUUGGGCCCGCAUUUAGCGGUGGCAGCAGUGACGGUGUCCUUGCCACCGCCGGCGGCGACGGCGGUGUUAACGGCCGUGCUUGGUGCGAUGAUCGAUGUAGGAACCAUAAAUGUUGGUCUGGGGCUGAUCGGCCCAGUUGGCCGCCGUCGGCCGUUGUGUUCAUCAUGCUGGUGUCAUGUAUUCUCUCACAUUUGAUUCAAUCGAAGAAUUUUUUGAUCAAGCAGCCGGUGAAUAUUUUUUUACUGUUUCUGGUUCAUGCUUCUUUGGUGGUUUUGACUGUGGACUCUUGA